UAAGCCUAAGAGUAACGGUGGUUUGGGUCUUAAAAAUCUUGAAGCCAUGAACGAAGCUUUGUUAACGAAGUUUGUUUUGGGGUUUGAUGAAAGGGAAUGAUCAGUCCUGGGUUCAUGUGCUGAGGGAUAAAUACAUGAGAAAGGAUGGUUCUGAUUUGGGGUGGUUAGCAAAGCCUGAUUCGUCUCCUCUAUGGAAGACUAUUUGUAGACUUCAUCCAAAGGUGCCAGAAGGUGUUUCUGGCAGCAUUGCAGGGUUGCUAAAUGUGAUCCUAGGCUUCUUGAGUUUGCUAUUGAUUUGGUUCCUGAGGAGCAACUUCAACGGACUGUCUGUCAGUUUGUUAGUGAUGCUAGCCAGUGGGAGUGGUCAGUCUUUGAUAGAUUCCUACCUAUGGAAUUAAUUCUGAAAAUUGCAGCGACGUUUCCUCCUCACGGUUCUGCUGGCCGCGAGGACAUAUUUAUAUGGAAAUUUACUUUGAAUGGAGAGUUCUCUACAAACACAGCUUAUGGUAUGUUAGAGGAUCAUAAAUGGAUAACAAUUUACAUGGAAAUAUAGAUUCUUUUUUUUUUUCCUAGAGAGGCUUGUGGUUAUUUGAAGUGAAUUUGAUAUGAGAGAGGUCGUUAAUGUGAAGAAUUUACUUGUUCAUAAAUGUGACUUAGAUGAUCUUCAUGCUUUGGUUACUGUUUUUGGAUUUGAUGCUCAUGCCCUCAGGGUUCACUUGUAAUAAAAGUUGUGUGGAGACAACGUAGUCUGUUCGUUCUAAACAGUUCAUUAGUUUUCCCUGUCAGAACAGAGACAAAGCAGGCUGCAGGUAAAUUGAUGGCGAUGAUCAGGGUUAGGAUGGGUGUCACAACCUGUAUAUGAACUGAGAAAAAGGGGGAUUUCUAAGUGUGAUAUAUGAAGCUGAGUUUUUUACUCUGGACCAUGAUGGCUAGUAUUUUGAGAAAGGGGAAACAGAGGAAAUACCUCUUUGAAGCCAUAUGACUAAAAAUGGGGAAACAGUUAUGCAGACUUAGUCAACUUGGUAUUUCAGGAGGUGACAUGCGGCUCUCUGUUGUUCACUGCCUGUGCAAGAACUCCGGAAAGAGAUACUUUGGCCACCCCCCUCCUUAAAUUUCCCUCUCUGUGAUCAAAGAUACAGACCAAAGGAGGACAUUAGGAGAGAAACUCAAGGCUGAAGGAAUUUAUGGCACACUCUCAAUCACGUACUGGAGCAAUUGCUCCAUUUGAUGUCAAGCACGGACAUGGUAAAAGGCCUGGAAAUCCAACAACCCCAACUGUGGAAGAACUUCUACAAGCUGAGGAAGUUACAAGGUGGUCGCCACACACCACACCAACUUUUUGUAAGGAUCAUGAGCUGGAGUAUGAUCAGUCCCCCAAUCAAAAGAAAUCAGUUAUUACAAAAGUGAAGGAGAAGGCCAGGAAAUGGCGAAGCACCCUCAGGAAGAAGAAACAUAAUGACGACGGUUACACCACUCCUUCAUGGGGUGUCAGCCUGGAUUAUGUUGAAGAUGAAGAAGAUCCUGAAUAUCUAGGAGCCCCAAUGUAUGAAUCAGAGAUGGCUCCUGAGGGGUAUAAAGAGACCGCUAGACAACAUCCAAGAGCAGUUCCUGUGAUAUCGGAGACUCAUCUUUUGCCAAGUAGUGAGACCUGUGCUGCUGAAGUCAAGCCAAUAACUGAAACUGUGAGCGGGAAACAAGAAAAUGAGAAGUCUCCCAAAACACCAACUCAAACCGUGGCAGAGAAGCUGGCACCAGCAUGCAACACAGUAUCCGUUGCUACCCAUGCCAUUGCUUCCAAGAUUCAAAGCCUCGCUGUUUCAACCCCUGAAACUGUGAUAUCGGAGACGCAUGUUUUGCCGAGUAGUGUGACCUGUGCUGCUGAAGACAAGCCAAUAACUGAAACUGUGAGCGGGAAACAAGAAAAUGAAAAGUCUCCUAAAACACUAACUGAAACUGUGGCAGAGAAGCUGGCACCAGCAUACAACACAGUAUCCAUUGCUACCCAUGCCAUUUCUUCCAAGAUUCAAAGCCUCGCUAUUUCAACCCCUGAAGCACCAGGUGCAGCGGGAUUAGACCCUGUGGAGGAAGGUAGAGCAGCAUCAUCUGUAGCAGGACCAACCAAAGUAGCUCUAGACCAAGUUACAUCAGAUCCAUCCCGAGAUCCAGUAGCUGCAGCAUCUGGUUACCAUUUCUGUGCCGGAGAGAAAAAAUGGGAUAAAGGAGUUUCAAUGAAGGAGUAUUUAAUGCACAUGUCUGGGCCAGGAGAAGAUGAUAGAGCCCUUUCUCAAGUGACAUUACAAGCAACAAGUCCAAGGAAAACUGCUGGCGAUGUGAGUGUGGUGGACAAGGUGAGAGAUGCUGUAAAUUCUCUUCUUCAGGUCCAGGAGUCCUCCCAACCUACAGUUUUCCAUUCAGCUAAGAACUCAUCCUCAGAUAUUACCAUAUCAACCGAUGCUCAUGAAGGUGAGCUUAAAAUCAGUGGCAAAGCGGCUGAAAUGGAAUUCUGGAGAUUAUGAUGGAUAGUUGUUUUCUCUUACUACAGUUUUAUGAGCAUCUAUCAACUGAUAUCAGGUGAUCGUGACCGUGACAAAAUGUUUAUUACAUCACACUGUUAAAUUAAGAAUGACAGUUCAUGAAUGCUGCCAAGUACUUGUUAUAAACUACACAGCAGAUAUUCAAACGAGAACAUCAUAGCGAUGGCCAUGAUUCGAUCAUCCUUGCAGGAUGAUUAGUGCCUUGUACUUCCUUUUCGUUUUACACACAGAAAAACUAACAGUAGUAGUUGAUGAUGGACAGACAUGGUAAGUACCUAAAAUGACCACAGAAACCAGAACCACAAUCACUGUAAAAUGCCCUUCCCAAAAUUUAGUUUCUCAACUUCUAUUACAGUAGUGUGGAUAGGGGGCAUUUGGACUGCGAUCAAUUAUCACAGAUCUGUUUCCAUGGUUUUGUAAUGCCUCAAUAUUAAAUAAAGCAGUUCCUACUUUCCAAUCAA